AUGUCGUACCCUACUUUACAUCUUCGCGCAGAGCCGCUCGAGCACCGCUCAGCGCUGACUCCCACCACGGCCAAGGCCCUGAUGGAUGAGGGCUACCCUGUCAACAUCGAGCGCAGCAGUCUGAGCAUCUUCCCCGACUCGGAGUUCGAGAAGGUUGGCGCCAACAUGGUGCCCGAGGGCAGCUGGACCGAAGCCCCUACCGAACACAUCAUCGUGGGCCUCAAGGAGCUCCNNCCUGAAGAGACAUUCCCCCUCAAGCACACACACGUCCAGUUCGCACACUGCUACAAGAACCAAGGCGGCUGGGAAGAGGUGCUCGCUCGUUUCCCUCGUGGCGGCGGUACGCUGUACGACCUCGAGUUCUUGCAAGAUGAGCAAGGACGUCGUGUAGCAGCUUUCGGCUUCCACGCUGGAUUUGCUGGCGCUGCAUUGGCUGUCCAGGCUUGGGCUCACCAGCUGGUCGAGGGCGCUGGCAAGCCUCUGGAAGGUGUCAAGCCUUUUGCCAACGAAGGUUUGCUGGUUGCCGACGUCAAGAAGAGCUUGGAAAAGGGCGAGCAGAAGGUCGGCCGCAAGCCUAGAGCUUUGGUCAUGGGCGCCUUGGGUCGCUGCGGCAGAGGCGCCGUUGACCUGCUACAAAAGGUCGGCGUGCCCGAGGAGAACAUUGUCAAGUGGGACAUGGCAGAGACACAGAACCGUCCUGGUCCUUACCCCGAGAUCCUCGACAGCGACAUCUUUGUCAACUGCAUUUACCUCUCGCAACCCAUCCCUCCCUUCAUCGAGCCCGCUCAGCUCAACUCGGAACAGCGCAAGCUCAGCGUUGUCUGCGAUGUCAGCUGCGACACAACGAACCCCCACAACCCCAUUCCCAUUUACGACAUCAACACGACCUUCGACAAGCCCACCGUCCCUGUCAAUGUCACCACCGGCCCGCCGCUCUGCGUCAUCUCGAUCGACCACUUGCCCUCGCUGCUCCCUCGUGAGGCCUCGGAAGCGUUCAGCGAUGCUCUGUUGCCCAGUCUGAGAACACUCAAGGACAGAAAGAGCGAGAGAGUAUGGCAGGAGGCCGAAAAGUUGUUCGACGACAAGGUCAAGACUCUGCCUCAGGAAAAGCUGCAGGUCUAG